UCUCCCUCUUUCUUACUUUCCUCCCAUCUCUCCCGUCUGCUCAUUCCGCCACCUGCGAUUUCCUCCCGCCCAAACCCUCCUGUCAUCCCGUCGCCGGGCUUGCUGCAGGUCAAGUCGAGCAGGCUGGUUGUUUCGUAUUGUGGAUUCUGCAUCGCUAAGCCGAGGAUUCUCCAACCGCGGUGGGAUCAAGCGCGACGUCGUUGUUUAUUAGAGGGCCCCCGUUUUUUGCUGGCUCGUCCCCUUCCUCGAUCCACAUAAAUCUUCCACCACCUCCCGGUCGGUCCACUUCGCCCACUUGCCUCACCGUCUCCACUCACCCACCACCGCCUGCUGGUCGCCUGGAGCCCAUUUUUUUUUUCUCUCGUCGUCUCCUCUCCUGCUACCCGCGUUUGCGAUCAGGGCCACACGUCACCCACACGUUGGUACUCUCAUUACUUGCGUUUCUGCGUACCUGGCAGUCUCGCCGACCUCCUGGGUAUUACCACUGUGUGUCGCAGACAGGGAACGAGAAAGAACAGGGGAGGCCGAGGGCACGAACGGCCGCGGCAUCAUCCUUCACCAUAAUAAGCCCGAGCGAGAAGAAAAAAUCACUGGGUCCCCACCCGCCCCCUCCGGCGCCUUUAUUUUUUUCUUCUUCACACCCUUCGUGCUCCUCAAUCAGCCAAAUCCACAAUCCUAAAAAGCACCCACACCACCCACAAGAACCGCCUUUUUUUUGAGCCUCACGUCGCCCACAUUCUCAUCUCCACUUCAAACCACUACCCUUUCACCAACGCCGACAAGCUACCCACCCCAAGCCCUGAGCCCCGCGCGAAGAGAAAGACGCGAUCGAGUCGACUUUCCGCCCGGCAUAGGCACAACGCAACCGUGAGGGCGCUUGUAGAGGAGGAAACCGGGACCAAGAUCAUCGCGACGAGCAGCAUUCGCCCCCGUCGCAUCUCGCAGUUGCAGCUUCCUUUGCGCGCGCGCAAGCUCAACCCGCGCAAGCAAACACCAUCUCCACGGCUGUCCUCGAGACGCGCCUUGCCGUCGCCGCAAUCGCAAGAGCCCGACAAGCUUCCGCUACAAGCCAUCGGGUCCUUCCGCCACCUGGAUUGGAUGGUUUCGUCGUGUCGUUGUAGCAAAAGUCUGCUCUGAGAAGGAUUAUGGACCACCCUUCCUACUCGUCUAAUGUGGUAAACACUACGACGACAUCCUCGUACCCAUCGCCUUCCUCGACCUCGUCGCACAGUCUGCAGAACCACGCCCCGGCGCCUCCGCAGACUCUGCCUCCUCUCCAGCCGCAGGGUCAUAUGAUGCAGCAACCCUCUGCGCCCUACGGAAGUUACCCUCACACUCCACGAACCCCAGCCACGCCCAACACUCCGGGCUCGAACGGCGCCAUGAGCAGCUACCCACCCCCUCCUGCCCAGCAAAAUGUUGCGCGCGCUCCGUACCCCGGCAUGAUGCCGAACAACCAGUAUCAACAGCCUCAUCAGGGCUACCAGACGACGCAGUCGAUGAUGCCGCAAGCUUCCACCUCAAUGGCUCACCCGCAGCCUAUCGCGCCGGCGCCCGCUCCCGGUGGACGCGCUCCACCUGUUUUGCGCCCCAUGCCGGCUGGCGGGGUCAUCCCGCAGCCAGGCAUGUCAUCGCCUUAUGCCCAGAGCCCUUUGAUGCCCCAGCCGCAGAUGAUGCAACAGGAGGGCGAGCAGCCCACCCACGUCGUUGGCUCCCAGGGGAGGCGCGGAAUACUGCCCAGCGCCCCCGGCCGGCCCCAGGCCCCCGUGGCCGGGAGCGUCGCGGCUAAGAACCAGAUCCCCCAAAAGGACGCUGAUGGCAAGUUUCCGUGCCCCCACUGUAACAAGACGUACCUUCAUGCCAAGCAUCUGAAGAGGCACCUUCUCCGACACACUGGUGACCGCCCGUACAUGUGCGUCCUGUGUCGGGACACAUUUUCACGCAGUGACAUUCUCAAGCGUCACUUCCAAAAGUGCUCCAUCCGCCGUGGUAACCCCACGGGCGCCAGCCACUUGUCGCACCCUCAUGCGCAUGUCAAGAAGAACCAGGCGGCGCAAAAGGCACUGGGCAACGAGAAUGAGCUCAACCCGAUCAAUGGCAUGGGCAACAUGGGCCCGGACGGCAUGGUCCACCCCUUCGGUUUGAUACCGUCGGCGGACGGCAUGGGAAACAUGUCCAAUGACCAAAACCACCUUUCCAGGCAGCAGAGCAUACAGCGCAUGGAAGACCCCAACGAGCGCGACCGAAGAAGCGCCUCGGUCAUGGGUCAGAACGGCCGCCCCCAAGACUUUAACCAGGGCUACAACGGCGGUGUUCCCCACUCGAUGGCGGCCAACAUCAACCCGCAGCUUGCCAACUACCCGAUGCAGCCGACGCAGAACGGCAUGCCGUUUAUGGGCCAGCAGGCGUCAAACCAACAAUCUGGUGGACUUGACUGGUCCCAGAUGUUCCAGGCUGACGCAGAUCGCAACCAUCAAGCCCGAGCCUAAUGCCGGCCCCGAACGACCGGACGGCGCCCCCGGCGGCAACCACCACCCCGAUCCCGACGACCGAUGCCUCUUCUUCGAUUCUUGGGCGCCCCCAUCCAACGACCUCAUCAACCUAACCCGCAACCCCUAUCAACAAAUAUCCGACCAGCUCACCAACUUUUUCCGACUCCCCGAUCCUUCGUCCAACCCCAACAACGUACGCCUUCGCAAUUUUCUUGAUCCAGACAACAUCAAGUCUUUCCUCGGCGGAUACAACCAUUUCCAUCGACAUUUCUCUAUAUUGCAUAUUCCAACUUUCCGCAUUCUCGAUGCUUAUACCGGCCUCUUGGCGGGCGUUUGCUGCGUGGGCGCCUGCUACUCUGAUCGCGUGUCACCAGAUGAGGUCCGAGAGGUGAUGAACUUCCUCAAGUUUGCCUUGGAGCGAGACUCGCAGCUGCUAGCGUCCCUAGAUGAUGGUGUUGAUCCUGAAAUCAAAUAUGGCAACAACUCUUUCGACUCUGUCAAGGAGAUUGAGGAGUUGCAGGCCAUCAUGCUCAUGAACAUCCUGUUCAUCUGGAACGGCACGCCUGAGCAGAGGGACUCUGUGAGGCGUCUCUACCCGCUCAUCGCUGCUGUCACUCGCAAGGCUGGACUUCUGGACGUUUCGCAAGGCCCAUCUCUGUCCAGUGCUCUACACCAGCCGUCGUUCUCGGCUACUAUAUUUGAUCCGUCAUCUUUCGACUGGUCUGCCUGGAUCGAGCAGGAGAAGCGGAUACGCGUCUUCUUCCUCACGUUCCUCUGCGAUACUGCACUUGGCCUCUACUUCAACUCGCCCCCGCUGUUCGAUCCUCUCCAGUUACAUAUUCCACUGCCCGCAGACGACGCGGCCUGGGAUGCUCCGGACAGCGGCACAUGUGCGGCAGCUCUGGGACUGUACGGACCUGACUCAGCGCUUGAGCGGAACCCGCAUGGAACAAGACGUCCGAAGCAACCAGAGACCAACCUCGUGCUGCGGGCGCUUCUGCACAGCUCAUACCAGAUCCAGCCGGGCACGACAAACCUGUACGGCAAAUUCAUCCUUAUCCACUCUCUCAUGGCUCUCAUGCGUAGGGCUCAGACCGAGGGCCUUGGCGCAGGGGCGAUCAUGAAUGGAUCCAACACGCCCCUGUCGCACGCCGACUGGGUGGUGUCUGGCGGUGCCAACGGCAGUUGGCCACCAAGCGCGAACACAAGUGGACGUGCGACGCCCGUGGAUGGGACGAUGCGGCCAGAGGUUCUCGGAAUCUUCGCAACUGCCCUGGAUAAGUUCAAGCAGAACUGGGAUGCCGACAUGGCCAGCCAGUUUCCCCCGGUGUCAUCGCAAGAAGACAUCAACCCGCAACGACAGGGGUUCUCCAGGGACGGUGUUCACUUCUACUGGCUUGCCAACUACAUGCUGAAGAACACCAAGCUGGCUGAUCUCCAGAUGCCACCAGACCAUCGGUUCAUGAGGGUCAUGCAUCUCCUCAAGUCGGUCAAGGAUUGGGUAAUGUCUGACGGGGCAAAGAGAGGAGAAGAGUUGGGAUCGAUAGGGGAGAUCAGCAAGGAUUUUGGGACUCGGGAUUUGACGCUGAACAUGGUCGACCUCUUUACACCAAUUCCCAGGGCGGUGGAAUCGUCGGGAAUCGCCUCGGUCAAGACGGACUUCGAAUAAAACGACAACCUCUCGCAACUGCACAUACAACAACAACCUACGAACUAGGACUCGCAUAAUCGGCGUUCAGUUUACUUGUUUUUCCCCGCGUUGACUGCUGC